GUUGUGUUUCAGGGCCGGUAUGAUAACCGCAGGCUGUGGAAGCGCAUAGUGCGACGACCUACCCACUCUGUCGCGCACGAUGAAACCGCCGUCUAGGGAGGCACAUGACACCUACAUCCUACAUUUACGGUUGCGAGCACCCCCGGCCUCAACAGCCAAACCGAGAUGUUGAAAACACUGUCUACAUAGACAUAUAACCCCAAGAACGCAGGGAGAGUGUGCACAAUUAAGGCGAGACCACCGACCCUCUUGACGACAUGGAGCCGCCGUCUGAGGUGACCCGCUACAACUAUGGCUACAAGCUCGAGCACACACGCCGUGACUAUCACCAUCAGAGAGGUGUUAGCCGAGACCAACUAGCAGCAACGUACUGGGAGGCCAGAGCAGAUAGAGCCAGACUACAGCGACGAUGCUACUCCUUUGACGCCACUGAAGCACCGUCUGAGGUAGCCCCUUGGGCAGUCCGGAAGAGAAGCAUAUCAUCCACUGCGCGGAGUGGAGAUGAAAGCAGUGCUGACGCCUUUGAUAUGCUAGAAAGAGAAGCAUAUCAGCAACUGCAGAGGAUGGAUAUGGAAGCAGCGCCUACGCCGUCCUUACACAGAUUGGAUCUCGAGAAACCCAGAGGGAGACAGGUCGGAGUACAACGAGCCCGCCUCUUUUUCGUCACAACAAAACCGCCGUCUGAGGUGGCCAGCGUUAGUAGCGAGGAACACAACUUCAUAGCCAACAUAACGGAGAGGUUGAGGACCUGGACUCGAGGCAAUGUGAUCCGCGACAACACCAUCGACCCCGCGCGCACAGAAGAACGUCGUCGGACGUGGCUUGAGAGGUCUGUCGCUACAGUACCUGGAAAACACCGCUUGCAACACAACGAAUUUGAGGGAGCAGUACCGGUCCGCCAUCCACAAGCUACGGCACAGGGCUCUGCUGGUCUAGCAAACCUAGACGGCGAACAACUGCCACGUCUGCGCUAG